AUGUCCACCACAGUUGAAAAGAUCAAGCAAGUCGAAGAUGAGAUGGCUCGGACGCAGAAGAACAAGGCGACGGCCUAUCACUUGGGACAGUUGAAAGCUAAGCUUGCAAAAUUGAAGCGAGAGCUUCUUACGCCGACCGGAGGAGGUGGCGGCGGCGGUGGUGCUGGUUUCGAUGUCGCCCGUACUGGUGUUGCUAGUGUUGGGUUCAUCGGUUUUCCGUCCGUAGGAAAGAGUACAUUGAUGAGCAAGUUGACGGGUCAACAUUCGGAAGCGGCCGCUUACGAGUUCACGACUUUGACGACUGUUCCUGGCCAAGUCAUAUACAAUGGUGCGAAAAUCCAAAUUCUGGACCUUCCAGGUAUCAUUCAAGGUGCCAAGGAUGGUAAGGGUCGUGGUCGACAGGUUAUUGCUGUGGCCAAAACUUGCCAUCUGAUCUUCAUCGUUCUCGAUGUCAACAAGCCAUUGGUUGACAAGAAGGUUAUUGAAAACGAAUUGGAAGGAUUCGGUAUCAGGAUCAACAAGCAACCUCCCAACAUUCUAUUCAAGAAGAAGGACAAGGGUGGCAUUUCGAUUACGAGCACUGUCCCCCUAACCCAUAUCGAUAAUGAUGAAAUCAGGGCUGUCAUGAGCGAAUACAAAAUUUCUUCCGCAGAUAUCUCAAUUCGAUGCGACGCAACGAUCGACGAUCUCAUUGAUGUCCUUGAAGCCAAGAGCCGUGCAUAUAUCCCUGUUGUCUAUGCCUUAAACAAGAUUGAUGCCAUCACAAUUGAGGAGCUCGACCUCUUGUACCGAAUUCCUAACGCAGUCCCCAUCAGCUCUGAACACGGCUGGAACAUUGAUGAGCUUCUGGAAAUGAUGUGGGAAAAACUCAAUCUCAGGCGGGUUUACACGAAACCCAAGGGCAAGGCGCCUGACUAUACCGCACCUGUUGUGCUUCGAUCCACGGCUUGCACCGUCGAAGACUUCUGUAACUCAAUUCACCGGACGAUCAAGGAUCAGUUUAAACAAGCUAUUGUGUAUGGUCGGUCUGUUAAACACCAACCUCAACGUGUCGGUCUCACCCACGAGCUCGCCGAUGAGGAUAUUGUGACCAUUAUCAAGCGGUAA